GGCAGUACUUCAUUCAUUCUCGCAGAGUUCAGUCAUCUGUGCGCACAUCUGACGUAACAGACGACCUUUCGACAAUUUUUUUGCUACAAAUUUUACGAAAUUUCAUCAGUGUUGAACAUUCCUCGUGUGUCAGAAGCAAUCGUGGCAAGCAAUCAACCAGAAAUGAAGGAUAAAUUAUCGAAUCGAAUCUUCCAGUGUCUCCCGUAUUUCGUUCAAGGCGAAGUUGUCAAGGGUUUCGGACGAGGAAGUAAGCAACUUGGGAUUCCCACAGCGAAUUUGCCGAUGGAAGUCGUGCGAAAUCUGCCCAAAGAGUUGGAUCAAGGCGUUUAUUAUGGAUGGGCGAACGUUGAUAACGGCGACGUGCAUAAAGUUGUCCUCAGUAUCGGAUGGAAUCCGUUCUACGACAACAAGGAAAAGAGUAUGGAAUCCCACAUCAUGCACGAUUUCGGCAAAGAUUUCUACGGAAGCCUCUUAAAAGUCUGCAUCCUCGGUCACAUUCGUCCCGAACUAAAUUUCGACUCUCUGGAAGCGCUCAUUGAAGCCAUCAACAACGACAUUGCUCAAGCAAAAACUGCUUUAGACGAACCCGAAGCCCUCAAAUUAAAAAAUCACGCAUUCUUCAAAGAGCAAACAACGACGUCAACGUCGUCGUCAUGUGAAAGUAUUACAACAAAAACAGGAAAAAAUGCUUUAAAUGUCCCCAAUAAAAGUACAGACGACGGCGCAAAAGGCAUUUAACACGAAAACGGGCGAAACUGUAAAGAAUUCGUGAUAAAAUUUGUUAAAAAUGAAUUUUUGUUGAUAUUUUACGCUUGUGUCAAUAUUUAUAUAUUUUAUUAUUUGAUGUUUAUCUACGAGACAGAAGUUUAAUGUUUUCGAAAAAAAAAAAUUUAAAAGUAAGAAAAAAUAGCGGGACUGUUGCAAUGUUAGUACUUUAUGACAAAAACU